CUCUCCUCCGAGCAGGAGCUCAUGCGUGCAGCUGAUGCUGAUGACUGGAGUGAAUGAUUCUUAAUAAAUAAGAAACAUGAUCCGGAUAGCUGCUCUGAAUGCAGCAUCUCAUGCUGCAGAUGAGCAUGAAGACGCCUUCAGAACCACUAAAACAAGUCAAACGAAGGAAGCCCAGGAGGCAGAAGCGUUUGCUCUCUAUCAUAAAGCUCUUGAUCUGCAGAAACAUGACAAGUUUGACGAGUCUGCCAAAGCCUACCAUGAGCUCCUCAGGACGCCGCUGCUCAAGGAGGCAGUGGCAUCUGAAGAUGAGAAAGUUGGACUCAAGCAUCCUGGGCUGAUGUUGAAGUACUCCACCUAUAAAAACCUGGCCAGUCUCGCUGUGCUCAAAGAUGAUUUAGACACUGCCAUGGACUUCUAUGUGCAGGCUGUCAUGCUGGACUCCACCGAUGUGAAUAUGUGGUUUAAGCUGGGAAAGUUGGCCUUGAGGAAGGCCAGCAUGCCUUUGGCCCGUCAUGCGUUUGAGGUGGGCUUACGCUGUAACCCGGACCACUGGCCCUGCCUAGACAGUCUCAUUACGGUCCUCUACGCUCUGAGUGACUACAGCUGUUGUCUGUACUACAUCUGUAAGGCUCUGGAGAAGGACACGGGUUACAGUAAGGGACGAGUGCUCAAAGAGAAGAUCUUUGAAGAGCAGCCCUGCCUCAGACGAGACUCUAUGAAGAUGUUCUCCAAACUUGAUGUAUCAGUGCAGUAUGUGGAUGUAGAUGAGGAGGAAGCCCACAGCAUUGUAGAGGAAGCGCUGGAACUGAGGAGACAGAGACAGGCUAAACUCACACGGCAUCCUGUAGCUGACCUGCAGCUGGUUCAGCCCAUCAAAUACUUCACGUGGAAGAGUGUUGGGGAGAGUUUCUUGGCGAUGUACAAACACCAGAACGCUUGUCUGGUCCCAAGGCCUGACUUUGGGCGCCGCAUCGACCUGUCAAUGUACCGCGACCCGGACUACCUUGUGCAAACGCCCACCAGCACUCCAGCACCCACCACUGUUGCUGCAGACCCCCCUCAGCCCCCCAUACCCGUCAGCACACCUCAGGCCCCCCCUGCCCCUCCGCCAGGUCCCAGUAGCCCCAGUGCCAGUCUGCCCCCAUCCACCGAGCUCUUUGUCCAGCCGCUGACCCAGCCCAGCGCUGCUGCAGGAGUACCACAGAGUCAGAACGUCAUUGAGAUCACCACUACAACCACAGUCACCACUACUGCUGCCACUGGAGCUGAGGAAAACGCUGUUACCACGCUCACUACUGCUGCUCUGGAUGCCGCCUUGAAUGACAAAGUGAAAAAAGGCACCAAGAGAAAACGUGUGGUAGAGGACACCGUAGAGACGGCGAAGAGGCGCUCUGCACGUGUCCGCAACACCAAAUGCAAGAAAGAAGAGAAGAUUGACUUCCAAGAACUCCUGCUCAAAUUCCUCCCCUCUAGACUGAAAAAGUUUGAAGAUGAUGAAGAUGAGGAGAGCCUGAGUAACAUGGACUCACAGUGUGACGGCAAACCUGGUUCCCAGUUGAACCGUGGAUCCAACUCCUCUGAGUACAUUGUGUCUAUGGAGUCAGAGCGGAAGGAAGUUCAUGCGUUCCUGCUGGCGAACAUGCAGAACGGCGGCAUCCUGGAGCUGAUGAUGCGGUAUCUGAAGGUGGUGGGGCAGAAGUUUCUGGAGGAGUGGCCAGCGGGCCACAGCACAGCGGUGCUGGAUCUCUUCAACUGCUGGAGGAAACACAGCGCUGGCCUGCCCAACCCACUGCUCAGAGAUUCCAGCAACCAGCACAUAAAGGUGAGUCAGACAAGUGAGAUGGAAAAAAUCACCAUCCUCCUGCCCAACCUCAGUGUGGACAAUGCCAUUUCAAUAGAGGAGGUACAGUACAAAAGAAGUCAGGGUCGCUUAUCAACGGCAGACGUCACGAAAGCACAAGCUCCCAAGCGCUUUGGAAAGAAGGAGAAAGCGGCGCGGCUGGCGUUUUCCACACGUUUUAGGCGCGACAUCUCCCUGCUGCGGCUGAAAGACUACAGCUCCUGCCUCGAGACAUCUGAAGUGUCUCUCAAUGAGGCCAUACAGCACUUGAACUCUGGAUUACCCAGCAGCCCCUCUGCAAAGGAAGAGUGGGUGUCCACCGUCACGGCCCUGCUGAGGGCCAUCGAAAGCUGCAUCACAGACAAGCCUGAGUUGCUCAUCCACACCCCACGAUCCACAAACCUCCCGCGCCUCGCCAACAACCUCAUACAGUUGAUUGCCAACAGCAUGGUCUUACCCGAUGACCCCAAAGAGGCUCAUUUCUCAUCACUGCUGCCAUGGAUUCUGCUGUACCACCUCAUCAAACAGGAAGAGGCAGCCUUUGACUGCAUGCUGCGGCAGCACAUCACAGAUGAAGAUGAUGAUGAGGAUGAUACUCCAUUGCUGCCCUCCUCCCUCAUGCUUCUGAACACGGCGCACGAGUACCUGGGCCGUCAGUCCUGGUGCUGCAACUCUGAUGGCGCUUUACUCAAAUUUUUUGUGCGUGUUUUGCGGGAGAGGCUCUCGGGACAUGAGAAUCUGCCGUAUAAAGAGGAUCUGGAGACGGCACUAGAGCAGUGUUUCUUCUGCCUGUAUGCUUACCCGAGCAAGAAGAACAAAGCCCGAUACCUCGAGGAGCAUUCUGCCCCACAGGUGGAGCUUCAUUGGGAUGAUGCCGUCUUUAUGUUUGAGUACUUUAAACCCAAGACCUUGCCAGAGUUUGACAGCUAUAAGACCAGCACUGUCUCUGCUGACCUUGCCAACCUGCUUAAAAGGCUUUCUGGAAUAAUCCCACGCAACGACGGCCCCACAAUCUCUGUAGACGAUGUGUCUGCUUAUAUCGAAGGAUGUGCUCUCAAGGUGCCAGCACUUCCAGAAGGAGCUUCCCCGGCGCCCCCUGUGGUUAACGAGCUGUUCUACCUGCUAGCAGACUACCACUUCAAAAACAAAGAGCAGUCGAAAGCCAUCAAGUUCUACGUGCACGACAUCUGCAUGUGUCCCAACAGGUUUGACUCGUGGGCAGGCAUGGCACUGGCACGCGCCAGUCGCAUCCAGGACAAGCUGAACUCCAAUGAGCUCAGGAGUGACGGACCCAUCUGGAAAAACUCUCUGGCAGUGCUGACCUGUUUCAAACGGGCUCUGGAGAUAGACAGCUCCAACCUCUCCCUAUGGAUCGAGUAUGGUACCAUGUCCUAUGCCUUGCACUCUUUCGCUUCCAGACAGCUCAAACAAUGGAAACACGAACUUCCUCCUGACUUGAUCAAACAGAUGGAAGAGCGCAGGGACUCGAUGUUGGAGACGGCGUCGCAGUGCUUUCAGAGCGCCUCACGCUGUGGCGGUGAUGAGGAGGAGUGGCUCAUUCACUACAUGCUGGGAAAGAUUGCAGAGAAGCACAAACUGCCGCCCAAAGACUACCUGCAGCUAUUCAAAAAGUCUGCACACUACCUGCAUGAGGAAGCAGCCAGAUACCCACGCAAAAUCCACUACCACAACCCACCUGACCUCGCAAUGGAGUCCUUAGAGCUGUUUUUCCGCCUGAGCGCCACCAUUCUGAAGUUGCUGGAGAAUGAGGAAGAUGAUGGUGAACAAUCUGAGCAGCAGAUGAAGCUACUAGAUUAUGAGCUGUUCUUCAACAUGCUCGCUGAAGCUGCUGUCGGACCCUUUGCACGCGGAGAGGAAAAGACCGCACCCAAAACCAGCAUCGACAAGGAAAAGCUUCCAUCCAUUAACGAUGAGGACUCGCGGUCCUCGAUUGGCGUGAGUACCUGUCAGGCAGCGUUGGCCACCUCAUCUGUCACAUCUGUGGUGGCUCCAACAACUUCUUUGCCUGGCGACGGUGCGGCAGGUGCGAGUUCUCCCCAGUACACGGUCACUCCGGUCGACCACGAUUACAUCAAACGUAAAAGCCUGAAGCAGAGGCACAGGCAGGGGCAGGAGCUCCAGCAGCAGCAGCCGCAGGACGCUGACUUCUCACAUGACCAUGACUACUGCCUGUGUCUCUCUGCUUUGCGGCCAGGAUCUGUGUAUGAGCAAAGUCAGGACAGCGUUGCUGGCUUGUCAGACUCCAGCUCCUUGCAGGAUGUCUUCAUGGACGCCACCAGCUCACAGGACAGCAGCCACAAGGUCGAUCCUGGGAAGUGUAGUAUUUUUCCGGAAGAAUCAAAUGCUAUCGGAAAAGAGAAACCGGCCACAAUAGAGGACGCAGGCCCCUUGGAGGACAAGAACAUGGAUAUCAGCUCCGCCACACUCUCUCAAGAAUCUUCAGUCACCCAAGAGUCUUCGGACACCACCUUAUCCAUCACGUCCCCUGAGGCCUCCGUUCCCAAAACUCCUACCUCAGACACCCCGACCCAAGCUCCACCUCAUCCGCUGCACUCCGCCCAACCACAAAGACCUCACCCCCAGACCAGCUCCUCCAGUGAGGGCAAGCGCAAGCCAGAGCUGCCGCCUCCGCUGGAGGUAAUAGAGCUGCCUAAGUGUCUACCACCGGGAUGGAGAGAGCAGAGGAAAACACUAGUGCAUGUGUGUGUGAGGUCUCUCUUCCUGUGUCUGAGUCGCUUCCCGCAACACUACAAGAGUCUCUAUCGUCUGGCACACCUGUACGCCUACAGCAGGACACACAAGAACCUGCAAUGGGCACGAGACGUGUUGCUAGGGAGCAGUGUCCCAUGGCAACAGCUGAAGCACAUGCCGGCACAAGGACUUUUCUGCGAGAGGAAUAAAACCAAUCUGUUCAAUGGCAUCUGGCGUAUUCCAGUAGAUGAGAUCGAUCGUCCUGGUAGUUUUGCAUCUCAUAUGAACAGAUCCAUCGUGCUCUUGCUGGAUGUUCUGUCUCAACUGAAAGAUCACCACACUUUACUUAAAAUCUCCCUUAUGCUUCAGAGAACCCCUGAGCAGGGAAAGAAGUACUUAAGAGAUGUGGACCGACAAGUUUUGGCCAAGCGAGCAUUUUUCUUCACUGUAAAAGUGCUGGAAGACAAUCUGGAUAAACUCACAGGGGUAAGUGAUCCCCCUAAACCGUCUGCCACCUCUAUGGGUGAAAUGACCACUGCGGAUGUGUCCAAUCAGCCCCCUGCUGUGGAGGACCCCAAAUGCUCCCACGCCACCCAGCCUAAAGCAGGACUCCCCGACACCCCUAAGGCCACAGGAAGUGAGACCGGACCUCCUGGCAUACCUCAGCAAUGUUCAGCCACUCUUCAGCUCUCCCUGGAGCCUUUAAAUCAGGCGGCAGAGGCCGCCGUUCACCCCAGAGAAGGUACUUCAGCACUUGCAGAGCCUAUGGAGCUUGGCCCCGGAUCAUGGCCGGGUGCCUCAAAAUUCAGAGACCCUCAAACGCCUGCUGAAACCAGACCACAGGAGCAGGGGGUGGAUAAAUCGGCAACAGAGGAGGCCGAUAAGGUCCUAGAGAGCAGUCGUGCAUCUGAGCUAUCGCUGGAGGAGUUGAGCAUUAGCUCAAAACAGCAGCAGCUACAGAAUCAGGUGAACGCAGCUAAAGGAGCACUUAGUAUGGUCACAACACCAACAGCCAGCAACCCCACACCUCUACCCAGCACCCCUGAGGUGGGACCACAGCAGAGACCCAGCAGGAAGAGGAAGCUGCUGGAUGACGUGGAGUCGGGCAAGACACUGCUUUUGGAUGCGUACAGGGUGUGGCAGCAAGGUCAGAAGGGCAUGACCUACGACCUGCGGCGCAUCGAGAAGAUCAUGUCCGAGACCUACAUGCUGAUUAAACAGGUGGAUGAGGAUGUAGCAUUGGAUCAAGCUGUUAAGUUCUGCCAGAUUCAGAUGGCGACGUCGGCACAAAGACAGAGCUCCGGUGAUGCACCCAGCACUCCCAAGUUUAGUAAAGACCAGCGAGACUUCUUCUUCCCAGCAUCGUUCUCCACGCCGUGCCUCCACACUCACAUGUAUCCAGCACCAACGCAGGACGGGGAGGCCAAGCUGAGCAAGACCCCUCGACCGUUUCUCAUACAGACGCAGACACACAGCACUCCAACACAGAUCUACUGCCCGCCCUCCAGCCAACCCGACCAAUCACAACAGCGAAAGACGCCUUGCCAGCCAAUAGCAAGCAUGGCCUUCUUGCCUCACACAGAGGAUAGAGAGGAGCCGGUUAAUGAGGGUCUGCUGUACCGCCAGCAGGAGUCCCAUCUGUGCCAGCAGAUGAAGAUGGCCACCGUCUCUCAAAUUCACAGUCAUGAGCCCCCGUCCUGCUCAACACACACCAGCACAGAAAGUGACCAGUCAGAGCAGGCAGAUGCAUGUCGCAUCCGGUCCAGAAUUCCACCCAACAUGCCCAAACUGGUGAUCCCCUCCACAGUCACUAAAUUCCCCCCAGAGAUAACAGUCACGCCCCCCACGCCCACCCUGCUCUCCCCGAAGGGCAGCAUCUCUGAGGAGACCAAACAGAAACUCAAGAAUGUGAUCCUGUCCUCUCAGUCGGCAGCUAACGUGAAGAAAGACACUCUCGCUCAGCCCGCUUUAGAGGUGCAAGAGACGUCGAGUCUGGAAUCCUCUCUGGAAAGCGAGUCGGAUGAGGAAGAUGACUACAUGGACAUUUGAACGGUCAGGCUUUGAGCCGCACUGCUGCAGAACUCUCAAGCUGAGCUCGGAAGCGAAAUCUCCUUAUUUAAUUGUGUAGCCGUAGCUAAUCGUUGACGGUUUUGUCUUCGUCCGGUUUUCUAUAGCGCGUUUUCUCCGCUGUAUGCACGUUUUUCAGCGAAAGGGCUUUUUCCUACCCUGGCACUUGUGUACUGUUGGUUUUGCUCCUCUGCUGCUAAGCAUGGACUGGGUUUCUAUGUCGUUUUGUAGUUUAUUUUUUUUGUUGUGUACAAUCCUGCAAAGUGUCAUUUGUACUCAAAACGACCCUCACACAGUGGAAUCAUGAAAAGUCGGUACAAAAUAAUUUCCUAAAGGAUGGAUUAUGUAAUAUUGACAGUUUGUGUAAUGCAAUUUACUCACUCAGAGUUUCCUGGGCAUUAAAUCCAUCACAACGUUGUUUACAGAUUUGAGAGGAAGUGAACUGUGCUUGACGUUUGGAAAAAAAAAACAUGAUUCAUAUCACUACCAGGUUUCAAUGGCAUUGUAACCAAACGUGGAAUAUCCCGAGACAUCAGCAUGCAAACGCGAUGGGUUUUUUACAGCCGUGUGGACAUGUAUCUCUGUUUUCCUGCUUAUGUGUUCGAAUUCUUUUGCAUGGAGCAUCACGUUUGAUUGGUUGUCCAUGCUUUAGCUACUGGCUUUUUAAAGGGGAGUUCUACAAAUGUAUGAUUCUUCACAGCACCACGGGAUUUCAAUUUAGAAUUGUUUUUGUUAUUGAUUACUGUAUUGGUGUUCUAUUGGUUGUAAAAAAAUAAUAAUAAUCACAUUUUGGAGUAUUUAAGCCACCACAAGUUCCAUUUGAGUUGUGUUACUGUCUCACAUUUUUGACCUGAUUUCAUGUUUUCAUUUGUAAUUUUAAUAAAUUUCCAUUUGAGGAUCAUAAACAACAGCGGCUGAAAGGGCAAAGCAUGUCAGUCUUAUCGCCAGCACUGAGAAGAUGUGACACUUAUUCAUAUCACAACUGAAAUAUGAAUGUGAUCUAACUAGCUACAGAAGUAUUGACUUAAUGUUUUAUUUUAAUUUUUUCAAGAUUAUGCCAAGAUGUAUAAAUUACACAUUUGUUAAAUAAGAUGAAAAGGCCUAAAAAUGGUGCUGAUCCCUUAUUGUUGGCAUUUUUUUUAAAUAAUCUUUAAAUGGAAAGUUCACCCAGAAAUGGCAGUUUGUUUAUCAUUUACUAUACGCAUAUUUUUUUUCUGUGGAACACAAAAGGCGAAAUUGAAUAGAACGUUCACGCUGCUCUUUUCCAUAUAAUGAAAGUGGACGGAGACCAGAGGGUGUCAGGUUCCCAAAAUUACAAAAAGCACAAAAAAAUAGUCCAUAUAACUUGUGCAUUCUAUUCCAAGGCAUUUGAUACUUUUGCAUGAGGAACAGACUGAAAUAUAAGCGAUUUAAUUUCUCCUCUGCUGCAGCUCUCAAAUCUCGUUGAUGUUUGUGUAUAUUCUAAUAUGGAACAUCAACCAGAUUUUCAGUGAAUAAUGAAUUACAUUUUGGACUGUUCUUCAGUUAAGACUAUUAAAUGCCUUUGAAGUCUUGGAAAUAUUGCACACAAGACAUAUGGACCCCCACUGCAUGUAUGGUGCUUUUGGUCACCAUUCACUUUCAUUUUAUGGAAAAGAGCAGCAUGAACAUCCUGCCAAACAUCUCCUUUUGGAGUUUAUAUUGACAAGAUGGUAAGAAAAUUAAGACAGAAACUCACUUUUUGGGUAAAUUUUCCCUUUAACCUAAGAGAAGUGCCCAAACGUUAGUUGCAUUGAGGUUAUGUUCUUGACUUGUGGGAUUUUUUUUUUUUCAAUUUGGAGUAGCGCUGCUUUCUUGGAGCAUUAAGAGCAUGUCUGACCGGACAUUGGUGAUUGUCUUUUCAAGUGAAUGAUUUUCUCGUGACAUGUCUGUAUGUGGACGCCGCCGUGUUUCCCCACCAGAUCAUUUCCAGUUGUGUUAUAGACGGAGGAGUGUGUUUUACCGAACGUUUUCUACUUGUAGACGGAUAAAUAGCUACCAGUAUUUUUUUGAGUGCAGAAUUUUUCAAUACAAGUAGAAAGAAGGGAUGAAAUGUUUCGAUGCAAUGGGCAUGUGUGACCAAACUACCUGUAAACAGAUAAAGAGAUGUUUUUAUUUUUUCCUCUGUAAAAUAAUAAUUUGUUUGUUGUCUUUUGUAUGCUGUCUCUAUGCUUGUGUUUAGAAUGUAAGACGGCGGCGGAGGUGGAUAUAUGCUCUUGUCUCUAGAGAUGGGAGGUUUUCUGUGCUCUUUGGAGAUUUAUGGGGUAUUGCUGUCCUCAGGCUUUUUUCUGAGAAGGUUGAUAUUUCUGACUUGCUGCAUUGAUGAUAUCACAAAACCAAAAAUACACUUACAACAUUUUUACCUGA